GCUGUCGGAAAGUGCCGAAGGAACCAAUGCGAAUUUUUGAUUGGCUAAUGCAACAUCUACGGGAAAGAAUCUGGUUAGUUUCACGCUUGUGUAGCCGCCAUUUCUAUUUAGAGGCAUUUUGACUGGCAUUGAUGUACCACCCCAAUAAUCCUCCGAUGUAGCGGAAUUUGUGUAAUCAGUGUAUGUGUAUUGUGCACACUUGCUAAUGAAUAUCUUUAACAUUGAUUGGGUGAUUACUUUCAUUUUACAUGCAGAGAGCAAACUCAGUGAGUGAAGAAACGUUCAGACAACAGUGAAAAAAAAAAAAAUAUGGAAGACGGACAAAGAAUGUAUUCACAACAAGGAGGACUGACUAACAUGUCUGGAAAUGUGCUGCCUCAGUAUAACAUGGGACAGGACGAACCGUCAGAUCAAAGAAAACAGGAGAUAGGGGAUAUUCUCCAACAAAUUAUGACAAUAACUGACCAAAGCUUGGACGAAGCACAAGCAAGGAAACACACAUUGAACUGUCAUCGAAUGAAACCAGCAUUAUUUAGUGUUUUGUGUGAAAUCAAAGAGAAGACGGUGCUAAGUAUAAGAAAUUCACAGGAAGAGGAGCCCCCAGACCCACAGCUCAUGAGAUUGGACAACAUGUUAAUUGCAGAAGGGGUGGCAGGCCCAGAGAAAGGGGGUGGGUCAUCUGCUGCUGCUAAUGCCACAGCCGCCGCAUCUGGGGGUCAGCCGGACAGUGCCAUAGAACACUCCGACUAUCGUGCCAAAUUGGCCCAGAUCCGACAAAUCUACCACACAGAACUAGAGAAAUAUGAACAGAGCGAUGGUUCAGAAAUCAAAAACUCGGACUAUGAAGCUAAACUGGCCCAGAUUCGUCAAGUCUACCAAACGGAAUAUGGGAAAUAUGAACAGGCUUGUAAUGAGUUUACAACUCAUGUGGUCAAUCUUUUGAGAGAACAGAGUCGUACACGUCCCAUCGCCCCCAAGGAAAUUGAGAGAAUGGUUACCAUUAUACGCAAAAAGUUUGCCGCCAUUGAGAUGCAGCUUAAACAGAGCACCUGCGAAGCUGUUAUGAUUCUGAGGUCCAGGUUCCUUGAUGCUAGGAGGAAAAGGCGAAACUUCAGCAAACAAGCCACGGAGCUGCUAAACGAGUACUUUUACUCCCACUUGAGUAACCCCUAUCCCAGUGAAGAGGCCAAAGAGGAGUUGGCACGCAAGUGUGGAAUCACCGUUUCACAGGUUUCUAAUUGGUUUGGUAACAAAAGAAUUCGAUACAAGAAGAACAUAAAUAAGGCACAAGAGGAAGCCAACAUGUACGCGGCCAAAACGGCAGCCGCUGCUGCCGCAAACGUUGGCCCUGAGGGAGGUGCUGCUGGUUACAAUGUAGGAGGAGGACAGGGAGGGAUGUACAUGAACCUAAAUGGUGGUGACAACUAUCAGAGUAGUGAUAAUUCGGUGAAUGCAUUGCGGCAUGUCAUUUCACAGUCUGGUGGCUAUAAUAGCGACAGCAUGCACAGCACUCCUGCCUCCAUGUAUGAACAACAUAUGAACCAACAGGUACUACACUCUCCUAGAAGUUGAUUGUCAUAGUAACAGCAUCAGGGCCUCGACCUAAUGGUUGCUACAUGUUCUCUGGGUUUACCAAUAUGCUAUGUCUAAGAUAAAGACACAGCUUUGUAAUGUUUCUUUAUCAUAUAGAGAAUUUUCUCGGGAGUCCAGGUUUUCCAAGACAACUUUUGUCGUGAAGAAUUUAAAAUUCUUAUCAUAUUACCUUGAGGUUUAUGUGUGUUGAUGCUAACUAGGGGUGGCUGAAGUUUUAAGGGUCCUAAGCAUGUUUAUAUUGUAAACCACUGUACAGGUAUUGUUAUUUGUACUUUGUUAACCUAUAUUUUUUGUUAUUUACUGAUUUUUUUUUUCCACCAUGUGCAUGACCUUUUUAUGACACCUAAAAUCUUUUUAAAGACAAUGGUAUAAUCAGAUAAUUUUAGAUAGUGAUGUAGAUGAUGUAACCUUAGAGGAAGCUUUGUGCUUGAAGCUUAAAUUGAUUUAUAUAGGUGUGUUUAAAUGCUAGUCAAUUUUUUAUUAUUUUUUUUUCAAAUAAAAGAGGAAAAGCAUUAUAUGUACAUUUGAAAUUGCUUUAAAUUACAUAUUGUUUCCUUAAUUUAAAUACAGUGUUGCAAAGAGAAAUUGGCAGAAGGUUUUAAAUUGCAUGUAUUUAUAUUUGAUAUAUAACAAUUUUUAUGCAGAUUAAAAUUGAAUGGAUUGUCUUUGAUAAACGAUAACUUUCGUAUUGAUUGUGCUAAAUAAACUGCAUAUUUACAGCUUCAGUGAAGCACCAGGCUCUUAUUGUUCAUGAAGAAGCCCACCACGAAAUCUCAUCAUAAAUUUGUAGUUGCCUUGAUUAUGGUGUUUAAAGUUGAAUCUCACUGGAAUUUUGUGUGCCAUGGAAGCAAGCUUCUAAAAACUCGUUAUGUCCAAAUCAAUAUAUUUUCUCCAAGGAGAAUAAAGUUUUAUCUCCAAAAAUAAUUAAGAAUACAGAAUGAGUCCACAUAACAGGGUAAACCUUGUGUUUGAAUCUGGAGAAGACGAGAACAUAUUUUUGGAGAAGGAAGUGAUAUUUUUUCCGAUAGACUUCAAAUUUAGACAAUUAUUUGCCAUAUCAGUUUGUGGAAGUUUGUAGGAAAAGAGAAAUUUGAAUAUAAAGUCAUAUGGCAAUAUCCUCUUCAUCAAACAUUGUAUUGUCUUGUAUUUUUAUGUCACUGUUAUUUUAAAGUGGCACUGUUCAUCAGGUUUUGAACUUUUUAUUGUUGUAUAUCAAAAAUCAUUUUAAAGCAUGGUUGUAAGAUAAUUUUAUAGAAAGAAAAUUGUUUCUUCAAUUUCUUCUAUUUUAAUAUAUAUUUCAUUAAUUUGCUGUGAGGAAGUGCUCUGUUUGAAAUAUCAGCAUCCACUUAUUCAGUAGGUGAAGUUGCGUUUAUGUGUAUCCCAUUGAAAGCAUAAUUUUUGAGGCAAUCCUUUGUUGAAAGGUUUGAUGGAAUCAAACUUAAUAUUUUAAUCAAAUGUUGUUUAAUUCUUGAUGGAAGUCUUAUAAUUUAGUUUUAGUCCUUGUCACUGUAAAGUUUACCAUGAUAUACAAAUAUAUAUAAAUUUAUAAUUGUAUGAUAUGUAUUAUAAAAAAAAAAAAAUAAAUGCUGACAUCCCAAUCUUAUAGAUUGUUAUCUUUUUCUUCUGUAUAUUAUAAUUUUCAAUUUUGAUAUAUGCUUACUAGUAAUGCUUCUCACAUUGUAUGAUAGUUCCAUUUUGAUUUUAUGGGAUGCUCUUUCAUAUUCCAUUAUGUAGUGUUACUGUCAUUCUUGUUCAUACUAAUCAUCACCAAUAUAAUAUUCAACAGAUCUGCACAUAACUUGGCACACUUAACCUCUUUUUUUCUGUCACUUAGUAUUAUAUACUUGUAUGUAGUCGUAUAUUCCCACUAACCUUGAGUUGCAUGGCAUAAAUCACCAGUAUUGAAAAUGGUUUGACACAUGUUGGGUACUGUUGCACUCACAAUUGAAAGUGAUGUGAUGAAAGAUUCUAAUCUCCCUUCUGCAUGAAAGAAAUACAUUCUGAUCUUAAAUCUGAUGCGAUAUAACUGCAUGAAACCCCAUUCUCUUUUGCAUGAAAUUUUUGAAAAAGAAAAUGAAGAAAACCCAAGUUGAGCAGAUCUGUUUCAACUUCAUUCUCAUUCUGUGGGGGGUGGGGGUGGGGAAGAAUCUAAACGAUCAAAAUUUUGAAAAAAAGAAAAUUAGUUGAAAUCACAUCACUUUUUGUUGUAGAUUACGCCGCACACUCGUAGUCAUAAUGGCUCCCCUCAUGACCAAAAACCGGAUGACAGUACCGAUAGUUGGUGUGCAGGUGCAUUUAUGCAGGGUUUGGAUGGAGAUGGAGAAAAUUAUGAUGGCUCCAGCGAUGAACCAGGAUUAAAACGCCCUAAAAUUUAGUAAUUUCAUGAUUGUUUCGUGACAAUUCCAAGUUCUUGCCAGAAUCCAAUAGGACUUUUUGUGCGGUGUUAUUGGGUGUCAUUGAUGUAUCAACGUUAGAAAUAAUUGUGUCAUUGUAGAUUUUAAUUUAGAUAGAAAUUCAAACCAUUUUUAAUGUGCAAAUUGUUUUCGUAAUCAACAGAUAAAUGUCAAAUGCACAGUUUUGCUGAAUCAAAUAUUUUAGGAUUUGAAAGACCAAAGACAACAAUUAUAUUCUUCAGUUUUAUCCGUUUGUUUUAUGUAAGUCGCAUACCGAUUGUUGAUUUGAUUUUAGUGGGUUUUUUUUUUUUUAAAAUGUAGAUGCUUUAUAAACAUGUUGUGCAUGAAGUGUUGUGCUGAGCAAGACUAAUCAUAUAUACAGGCUCACGGGUUGUGAAAAAAAAUAAAGAUUUUAUUUUGAAAUUUUAGUCCGGAAGUUACUGCAUUUUUCUGCUGAAGUGUUGGGAUUAUCACAUGAUGCCAUUGAACAUAUUCAUGGGUUCAUAUACUAAAUUGUUAUAGAAAAAUGCAUGUGAACAGCUUAUAUUAACAUAUCGCUGCAUAGAUUCAUUAAGGUUGUUCAUUUUGGUGUUAAAAUUGAUGGACAUGUAUCAUUAUAUAAUUAAAUGAAUAUCAAUAUUAUUCUGUUACAAAGUUCGCUGUAUGAAAAAUAAAUGAUUGAAAGGAGA